AACAACUUCAUCAUUCUAUCAACAAAACUUGUGUGAAUCCAUACUUUUCCUUCCUCCAACAAGAUGCAAAGCAGGAAUAUCUAUGGAUAUCCACAACAGCAAUACUAUGAUAAUGAUAACUCGUGGAUGGAAACUAAGGCUCAACAGCUACAGAGCCAUGGAUAUCCACAGACACAGCAAUAUCCAGGCAUGAAACAAGGUUAUGGCAAUGAAUCUGAUUACUGCAUGCCAAACCAUCAUGGCCGUGACUCUAACCACAAUAUGUAUCAUCAGGACAGCAAGCCUUAUGGCCAUGGCAAUGGUCAUGGUCAUGGAUAUGGUGGUGGCCAGAAUGAUUAUGUGUCGGAGCAUAAGUAUGAAGUUUACAAGGAGGAGCGUAUAGCCGGUUCCGGCGUGACGAAGAGGGAUGAAGUUAGAUAUGAGAGGCGUGGAACAUAUGGAGGAGAUGCCAAUCCAUAUGGAUACAGUAACAACCCUCAUGGUCAUGGAAAAAACAAAGGCAAUUGGACACUAAAAGGAUUCUAAUAUGAUUACUACAUCUGAAUCCAGUAAUAAUAAAUGGUGUGUGUGCUUUGUUUUCUAUUUUCUUGUUGUAAUAAGAUUAUGGCCCAUAUAAUAUAUGGUGCUUCAUAUAUAUAUGAUCAAUGUUAUCUGUAACUCAUUAUGAAGUUAUAAUAAGAUGUAUGUGAAUUUAUAUAUUUGAUAGUGAUUAAUUAUUAA